CUCCCGUGCCCUGAAUGGGGUCUCUUCACUCAGGACCUCGUUCUCUAUGCAGCUGUCAUUAUCCCAGUCUUCCGUGUGGCUCAAGGGCCGGGUCUUCAAAGGACUGGACCCCGCCUGCCUUGGCCUCCCACUGGCUCAGUCCUCACCAGCACUGCUUUGCGAUUGGUCGACUCGUGUCCACCUCCCCUCUCUCCUCGGGACUUCCGCUUCCGGCUCUAGUGGACGUUUCGGCUGUAACGAUGAUCGGAGACAUCCUGCUCUUCGGGACGCUACUGAUGAACGCCGGAGCGGUGCUUAAUUUUAAGCUGAAAAAGAAGGACACACAAGGCUUUGGGGACGAAUCCAGGGAGCCUGGCACAGGUGACAACAUCCGGGAGUUCUUACUGAGCCUCAGGUACUUCCGAAUCUUCAUCGCCCUGUGGAAUGUUUUCAUGAUGUUCUGCAUGAUCGUGCUGUUUGGCUCCUGAGCUCCAGAUACGGAAGUAAGAACGUACCUUCCCAGAUGCCACGUCUUUCUUCGUUCCUGAUAACUUCAAGAAUGUUUUUGACUGGAAAACCGGUGACCUUCUCAGAAAGCCCAAGCUUGUGGUGGGUGGAAAAAAAUGUUCGCCAAGAUGCACGUGGUUUCCUGGCCACAUCAUUGUUUUCUUUUUAAAAAGAUUUUUACAUUGGUCUCAGCAUUGAAACAUUGUCUACUUGAGGAGUUUCAGGAGGGAAUAAGGGGCUGUGAUAGCAUUGCAUUCCCCAUAGAAAAGACAGUCUUAUCGGAGUGGAAUCCCUCUUCCACCAGGCUUUCACUAAAAUACAUUUCUGGCUAUUUUUGCUUUAUUUUUAAUAACUAUCGCUUUGGUUUUCAUUAUACAGAUUUUUAGAACUCAUUUAUUUUUGAGGAUCUGAAGCAGAAAACUUGGCUUUUGUGUUUGAUGUAGCCUCUUUAUUGGACUCUGUUUAUGAAUAACAAAGUUCACUGUUGCCGGGUCUGCAUCCAAGUUCCUUCUUUGUCACAAUAGGUCCUGCUUGGCCACUUAGUGUAGCUGUCAUUCCCAGGACUUUAAGGAUAAAGUAUUACUGGUUCCCACGGAAGAGAGGUGUAGAACAGGGGCAGACAGGUGUCUUAUGGGAAAUUUUCCCUGGCUUUGAAAGCACUCUGUUAAGGAGCCAUUAGUUGUACAAUUAAAAAAAAAAAAAAAGUUAAAGAUUUUAUUUAUCCAUUUUUAGAGAGAUGGGAAGAGAGGGAGAGAAAAAGUGAUGCGCAAGAGAAACAUUGAUCAGUUGGUUGCUUCGCAUGUCUGCAACCAGGGACCUGGCCUGCAACCCAGGCACGUGCCCUGACUGGGAAUCGAACCAGCAACCCUUCUUUUCACAGGCUGGUGCGCAAUCCAGUGAGCCACACUGGCCAGGGCUAUAUAAUUUUUAGAGUGAGAGUGAUUUAUUUGGUAAUGGUGGGACCUAGUUCUGAAAGCUUGGGGUUUUUGGGUCUGUUUUUCAAGUGGGUGAUUUCAAGGUUUAAAAAACAAUGAGCCUCAUUUGAGCAUUUUGCACAGAAGCUUUGAAAGAGAGUCUGGUUUAAUUGCCAAAAUGAAACACUAGUGGUUACCACCUGGACCCCAUAGGUGUUUGAUUUGUCUGUUGUAGUUUUUGAAGUCCUGACUUAGGAGUGGAUAGACCUGAUGGGAGGAAAAAGCAAACACGCAGGCUUUUAGAACUAAAUGAGCACUGAGCAUUGAAAAUGAAGCUAAUUUUCCCAAAGACUUUUUGUUACACAUUUUUGACCAAGAAGUUGACUUGUAACUUGAGUCAUUUUGAUUAGGCUUGUGCGAAACACCUAGGAUUCUUUUUGGAGGCUGACAAAAAGAAACAAUGUUCCCUUUUGGAUUUUGCUCAAUAAAUGUUGGACAGGGAUUGGACAAAUAAGAUUUUGACCUGGCCGCUCCUAGAAGAAUUGAAGGGACCAUAGAUAAGAUAAGGAUGGGGUUUAGUUAGACCAGAGUCAAGUCCACUUGUAGUACUGCUCAGCUAAGGUCAUUCCUCUUCAUUGCUUCUAUAGAUUAUUCCCUUGUCAAAUCUGGCCAGGCAUCUCCCCAUGGUUUGUGAGUAGCAGGGGACAUAGCUUCUGAAUCAAGUUUUGCCCAGGCCUGUGUUCUUGCAGCAAGAAUGGACAUGCCAAGAUCUUGGCUAGUCAUUCUUCAAGGCGUGUGAAUGGUGUGAGGAAACCUGUGCCUCAUUCAGAUUCACACCGAGGUUUCAAUGAGGCGAGGCAUUUGUGUGUUAUGGGGAUGAACCAUUCUCAGAGAGGACAAUGGUGUCAUUGAGAAUUUCUUUCAAUCAUUGUAUUUUUCUCCAGAGAACUGUUAUCUCAUUGUUAAAUUCUUAUAAGCAGGGUGGCUUUAGGGGAUGCAUGUUGGAGCCUGCGGUACAUUUUAACACCGCACAUCGUGGAUCUUUAGGAAGCUUUUCAAGAACUCUCUCUGGUACCAAAGCUUAUCAGAGUUUGAAUUUUGGGUGCAUAGGAUCCCACAGCAUUUAAGUGUUCCUGUUCAGGGUCAGUUAGCUAAGGUUUUAGAUUUCACCUCUGUUCCUUGCAGGAGGGACCUUGGCUGAUUGCUUUCCCUCUCUAAGCCUCAAUUUCCAUGUCUCUAAAAUGGGCUUGUCAUGCCUACCUGGGUUUGUUGUGAGAUUUGGUGGAUUUGAAUUUGGCACCAGGCAAGCACUUGAUAGCCAUGGGUUUCCUCACUGCUACGUUUUCUCACUUCUCACCUAGAUUCAUCAUUCAAUCCACACCUGCGCCAUGAAGGGGCGAUCACAACAAUUUAAAAAAUUGGAAACAAUUUCCAGCAUGGAAAAUCUUUUCCCACCUUCCCACCCCCUUUACAGGGUUUUACGACAUAGUCCCGAUAGUGGGUAAGGCAGUUCCGGUUCUGCUGUUUCCAUUUCAGCGUUGCAUCUUUCGUAUUUUCUGGGCUGCCAGAAAGGCUUCAUGGUUCUCAUUUUUAAUUACUGUGCAGAGUCAAUAAAUCUCUCUUUAACCUGGGCCCUCUCUCUUGAUUCAGUUGUACCUUGUCCACUGUUUUAAAUGUCAUAGCUGUCACCAGUGUUAGGACCUUCACUGGCUUCUCUCACUGGUACUUCCAGGAGCGCUCCAUGCUACAUCGUUAUGUGCCGCCGUUAUGGCUCUAGCAGCUUUCAUUUAUUUUACCUAGUUUUAGUUUCUUACUACCAAUGCAUGUGUUUAUUGUAGAAAAAUUAUACUAUACAGCUUGUUUCUAUAUUUUUUCCUACAGUACAAUUCUUCAUAACUGCAAAUAAGCCAUUGUAAGGAUACAUUAAUUAAUUUAACCAGCCUAAGUGAUGGAGACUUGAGUUGUCUCCAGUUUUGGUCUGUUGUAAAUAACACUGCAGUGAACUUAUCAGUGUAUUGUCCCCAGUGGCUUUUUGAGGUCACUGUCAACAAGAGACCCACCUUGACAACUGUAGGCUAAAAACACCAAAGAAAAAUGCAUCUUGGACAUCUUACAUCUUUGUCUUUAUUUAUUUAUUGUUCAUUCAUUCGUUCAUUUGUACAUCUGUACCUAUGUUUAUACAUGCAUACAUGCCAAAGGACUUGGUUCUAGAUCCCUAUCAGCUCUGUCCGGGAUGUUAGGCUGCUUCAGUUUAAGCUGUGAAUAAAGUUUUCAGCUCCACCCAGAUAA